AUGGGGACUUGUAAGCCUUCCCCCACUCCUGUUGACACUAAUGCAAAGCUUAGUGCAGAUUCAGGUCCUCAUGUGGCUGACCCAACUCAGUACUGUAGUCUGGCAGGUGCUCUACAGCACCUUACAUUUACUCGCCCUGACAUUGCCUAUGCGGUUCAACAUGUGUGUAUUUUUAUGCAUGAUCCACGGGAGCCUCAGUUGUAUGCAUUAAAGCGCAUCCUACGCUAUAUUCAGGGCACCAUUGAUCACAGAUUACAUUUAUAUCCUACAUCUACUUUGCGCUUGAUUACAUAUAAUGAUGCAGAUUGGGGUGGGUGUCCUGACACUCGCUGUUCGACUUCAGGAUAUUGUUGUUUCUUAGGUGACAAUAUUAUUUCUUGGUUUUUUAAGUCUCAGCCUACUCUUUCUAGAUCAAGUGCAGAGGCAGAAUAUAGAGGCGUAGAAAACGUCGUUGCAGAGGUGUGUUGGCUGCGUAACCUUCUUCUGGAGUUACAUUGCCCUCUACGUCAGGCCACCAUUGUUUAUUGCGAUAAUGUCAGUGCUAUUUAUUUAUCCAGCAACCCCAUCCAACAUUAG